AAACGCACUGCCCGAGCAGAGGCUCAGCGCCGCCGGCGCCAAGAUCCUGCAGUGCGUGCCGCCGAAGCUGAAGCUAAACGGCGCCGUCGACAAGACCCGGAACCAGAAGUGAGCGCUGCUGAAGCUCAAUCUAAGCGCCGCCGUCGAGAGGACCCUGAAGUGCGCGACGCCGAAGCAGAAGCUCAUCGCCGCCGUCGAGAGCAGCCAGAAGACCCGGAAGUGCGCGACGCCGAGGCUGAGGCUCAUCGCCGCCGCCGAGAGCAGCCAGGAGUGAGCGCCGCCGAAGCGGAAGCCAGAAGCCGCUAUCGAGAGGACCCGGAAGUGCGCGACGCCGAGGCAGAGGCUCAUCGCCGCCGCCGAGAGCAGCCAGGAGUGAGCGCCGCCGAAGCGGAAGCCAAGCAAAAGGCAAGGAUCGCUAAGCCUGACGGUGCAACAAAAAUUUUCCAACGGCUGUUUAGAGACAACCCGUUUGGGAGCGUAUGUUCAGUCUGUGACCGGCUCUGGUUCCAAAACGACUUGCAACCGCUACCGGACAGAUGUCACGAGACCCUAGAGCAAUCAUUUCCAAACUCGGACCUAACCCAAUUCAAACUGUGCUCGACCUGCAUACAAUCAGUGCACAAGGGUCAUAUUCCUCAUCUUUCCUCAAGUAACGGUUAUGUAUAUCCCCCGAAGCCAGCCCACCUCCCACAAUUGAACGCGGUGAGUGAGAGACUCAUAUCUCCACAAAUUCCUUUCAUGCAACUGCGACGGCUGAUGCACGGUGCAGGUCAACACGGCAUUAAGGGACCAGUAGUGAACGUCUGUGUUGAUGUGGACGACAUGGUGACAAUGUUGCCUCGUGCCAUCGAACAAGACCGAGCCCUCAAUGUACAUUUGAAGCGGCGCAUGCUUGCGAAGACGACCUACCUGGCAGGGGCAGUAAAAAAAUGUGAUCUGCUGCCGUGGCUUAAGCUGCUGUGUGAUAGCACGCUGUACAAGCAUUAUAAUAUAAAGUGCGAUUUUGCCCGUUUGGGGGAUAUCGUAGAAGUGGACGAACACGACGAGAUCGAGUUGCUCCCGCAAUGCUCAGACCUCAACGAUCCGAUCCAAGUGGCUACAGCCAUGACUCUGGCUCAGCACACUCUCAUAUGGGACGAAGACAAGUUUCUAGCGAUUGCGCCAGGUGAGGGAAAAAGGCCCGUGAGCAUACUUUAUGACGAACACUCAGAGGAGCUUUCGUUCCCACAGAUCUAUCUCGGUGAGCCGCGCCGAGUAGAUGCCAGCGCAAAACCGACAGUCUUCACACACGCCAUGAGUGAGAUCCGCAGAUCAGACCGUCGAGGGGCCACCCCGCAGCACGUACUGUACAUGGCCAUGAAAGUGUUUAGGCACCGAGUAGCCGGUGACAUGUGUGUGGCCUUCCGUAACAUAAAGGCACUGGAAACACUAACGAAGCAACAGUUGCUCGACAAGGAUUUUGUGCAGCAAGCGGUCGAGCACGACAUGGCUUUCAUGCAUGGUAUUCCCAACACCGUGCAGUACUGGACAAAACGCAAGAAAGACCUCUUUGCUAUGAUACGGCAGUUGGGUAAGCCGACCGCGUUCCUCACUCUUUCUGCCUCGGAAAUGCACUGGCCCGACCUUUUGCAGUUGCUUCAACGCCUUCGGUUGAAGCCCGGCGAGAUCGAAGUACCACUGGAGCAAAUGAACAGCAUUUAUCGAGCACAGCUAGUAAAUGACGAUCCCGUGGUCUGUGCCAUAUAUUUCGACCGAUUGGUGCGUGUCAUUCUCAACAUUCUCCGCAACACCCGUGUAUCGCCUUUUAGGCCGUACAUAGUCGUCGACUACUUUAAGCGGAUCGAAUUUCAGCACCGCGGGUCGGCACACGCGCAUAUUCUCCUUUGGCUUCAUAACGCGCCCAACGAGGAGCUCUCGAUGCUCAUGCCCCAGACUCUUGAAAUAGCCAACGUUCUGCUUUCCAUCGACAACGGAUGCUUGAAGCGGGAGCGGACUCAGGUGCACCAACACACGCAUACCUGCUACAAGCACAACACCACCAGAUGCCGCUUUAACGCGCCUUUUAUGCCCAUCGAUGAAUGUAUGGUCGUAGUGCCUUUCCCCACCGUGGACAAUGAAGCGCAGAAGAAGAAAAUCGAGAGCCUCCUAAACAAGUACGAGGCCAUGCAUCAGGCCCUGGAAACGACAAAUUAUGACUCCAUGGAGCAGUUUUGGGAACAUCACGGUGUCGCGGACAAGGCGGAGUACAUUUCUGUUCUCCGAGCAGGCACUCCUCGUGCCACCAUCAUGCUACCCCGUACUGUGCAGCAAAAGUGGGUGAAUUACUUUAACCCAUGGGUUGCAUCAAUUCUCGAUUCUAACAUGGAUCUUCAGAUCGUCCUCGACACGUACGCGUGUGCUGCCUACGUCGUGGAAUAUGUAAACAAGGCAAACCGAGGUAUGUCGAACCUCAAUCGAGCAGUGCAAGAAAUUGUCAAGGAGAAGGGGGAUAUGGCCUAUUCUCAGGCACUGAGACAUCUAGGUGUGAAAAUGUUGAAUGCCAUUGAACUGUCCGCACAGGAGGCCGCAUGGUGUUUGCUCAACCAGGAUAUGUCGGAGGCGAGUCGCAAAGUUGUCUUCGUGAACUCUGCAUGGCCCGAGGAAAGGACGCGCAUUCGGAAGUCUAACGCUCAGAUGGCGCAGGAAGGCUUAGUAGAAUCAAGCACUGAUGUAUGGAAACGGACGAUGAUCGAGCGCUACGAAGACCGCAUUCCCGAAUUGGAACCUGUUACUCUAGCAGAGUUCGCUACCGAGUACAACAUAUAUACCUACAAAAAGAGGAAUCAGCGACGGAUACUUCGCUACCGCGGUUACUCCGUAGACGAUUCAGUCAACUUCAAGCGAGAACAUGUCCUGCUUUUCUAUCCAUUCCGCAAAGAAGUUGACAUCUUAGACCAAAACUGUUUCGAGCGUCUGUAUGACCAAAACAUCGACGUCAUUCUAGAGAACAAGGCACGGUACCACAGUGACGUAGACAUUGAGCAAAUUCGUGCCGUUUGUAAUUCCAUGCUCCAGUCAAAUGACGGGGAACAUCGUGCCACUUCUGAGCUCCCAGAUGUGAGACUGCACCCGAUGGCCAUGGAAAACGACGACUCCGAUCUCCUAGACAUCGGUAUGGUCCAAUCCAAUGCCCCGUUUAAGCAGUGCCCCGCCGUGUGCACGCGCCAAGACGUCAUGAGCAGAGAUCAAUACCUGGACACAAUGCGCAAGACGAAUGAGGAGCAGUACGAGAUCGUCCGAGAAGUCGUGCAUAGACUCACUAUACCGGACUCUCCGCCACUACAAAUCUUCUUCACGGGAGUGGCUGGAUGUGGGAAGACAUUUGUACUGCGUCUCAUCAUGGACGUCUACAACAGAUAUUGCAACCCUGCUGGUUCAGAUAAUGUAAACGCCUAUGUUGCCUGUGCUACAACUGGAAAAGCGGCGGUCGCGCUUGGUGGAAUAACUGUACAUGCAGCGUUCAGACUUACCAUCAAUAGGGAUGGCGGACUCCGGGACAACGAGUUGAACACGUUCCGCUAUGCGUUCAGGAACGUCAGGUGCGUGAUUAUCGAUGAGGUUAGCAUGAUGUCCGCCGACAUCCUUCAGAAAGUGGACUCGCGACUCCGCAUCAUCACUUGCAAAUAUCUAGAGCCUUUCGGCGGGUUAGACAUCAUCCUCUGCGGAGACCUGCGCCAGCUUCCCCCCGUUCGUGCCGCCGAGGUUUUCAAGCGCGUCAAGACGAACAGUCGUAAGGCAAAGCGAUCUCAGGUUUUCCACCAUACUUACCAAAUUGGAGACGGUGCAGAAUUGGAUUCCGAAGAAAUCGCAUUGAUCCAGAGUCGGUUCGUCACGCAACAACAAGCAGAAACGUGUUGUCCCGGUGGCAUCCGCUUGUACUACUCCAACAAGGAAUCGGACUACUACAAUACGAACACGGCCAUUGCAACCGAAGAUAAUUGUGUGGCAUGUCCGGCACGGGACACAAUCGUUGGAUUCAGGUCUAUGCAGGAGAAGACAGAGGCAAUGCGCAAGGCCGAAACGCUGCCCAAGGCCGAACUCGGAAACCUGCCAGCUAAUAUAAUGCUAUGCAUUGGAAAACCAUAUAUGCUCACACUCAAUGUCGAUGUUUCCGAUGGUCUGGUCAAUGGCUCUGUUGGAAUACUGCAGUACAUACAAUACGAUACGCUCCGAGAGCCGGAACGCAUCUGGCUGCAUUUCGACAUCAACGGGCUCUACCUCACCAAUGUGGACAAUGACUUUACGUUCUACCACGGCAAGCCCAAUCCCGACAGGGUACUACUUGAUGAGUUUCGUCGACUGCAGUCACACAAACUCCAAACUGUCACUGCUAAGUGCUACGCAAUGAUUAAGCAACCGCACUUGUUCUCGGUCGCCGCACUUAAUGUUCGCUCUCUGCCGGCGCAUUCCAAGGACGUGCACCACGACCCCGUCCUACGCCAUGCAUCUGUACUUUGCCUCUCGGAAACGUGGAUGGAUCCAAAACAGGCGGUAGAAAUCAUGGACUACCAGUACUGCUGCGGCGUCAGUAGAGAGCACAACAGAGCGGCAGGGGUGGCCAUCUACGUGCGUAAGGCUCACACCGCUGUGACGACCUCUCGAAACACGUGCAUAGACCUCGUCUUUCAAAAUCAGCCUUUGGUCCAUCACCUGGAACACAUAUCCUGCCACUUCUCAGAUCACAAGGCUUCCUUCAUAACAAUCAAGGACUGGGAUAAGAGUGCUAUUUAA